AUGGAGAGGGAGACCGGCAGAGUUCCCACCAGGAGCCCGAUCAAGGUUUGUAUUUGUAACUCGACGCUUGCUGCAAUUGCGAGUCAACACAUAACGCUGGCACGUGCUUUGCCGUUUUGGCAAGCGCAGUGA